UUACAUCAGUGAGAGCCAAUCAUGUUUAAGCAUUAAAGACACCGCCUCUUCUUAGAAGUGAAGGCCGGGCUCGCGUAGUCGGUGACGGGUGACGCUUCCGGGCCACUAGCGUGAGGAGCAUGAGAUAAGAGAAUUGGUUUGGUUGAAGCGCCUUUAAUCAACCGGAAGAAGAAGCGUCCACGCGCCCUCACGGAACCGAGGACGUCGAGUCACACAGUGCAAGAUGUCUUACUCAUCCCGAAGUUCCUCUCGCGCCACCGACUGUAAGGUCUAUGUUGGUGACCUUGGCAAUGGUGCGGCCAAAGGUGAGCUGGAACGAGCCUUCAGUUACUAUGGACCGUUGCGGAGCGUAUGGGUCGCCCGGAACCCUCCAGGUUUCGCCUUCGUAGAGUAUGAGGAUGCCAGAGAUGCAGAGGAUGCCGUAAAGGGGAUGGAUGGAAAGGUGCUUUGUGGAGCCCGUGUCAGAGUUGAGCUGUCUACUGGUAUGUCAAGAAAGUCCCGUUAUGGCCGUCCCAGCCGCAGGCAAUUUGACCCCAACGACCGCUGUUACCAAUGUGGGGAGAGUGGUCAUUAUGCCUAUGACUGUUAUCGUUUCAGCAAGAGGCGAAGCCGACGCAGCAGGUCAACAUCUCGCUCUCGGUCCAGAUCUCGUGGACGGCGCUACCGCUCUCGUAGCCGUAGCAAUGAAAGGAAGUACCGUUCACCUUCAUACUCAAAACGCAGAAGCAGGUCAGGCUCCCCGGCCCGCUCUAGAUCCAGAACCCCUGUGCGCCGCUCACGUUCACCUGUACGCAGGUCAAAAAGCCCUGUCCGAAGGUCCAGUUCCAGGUCGCCUGUCCGUAGAGACAGUCGCUCACGCUCCCGUUCACGGUCUGGUUCCAGACAGAGGGAACGUAGUGUGUCCAGAUCUCGCUCUCGGUCUCGUUCGAUCAGUCACAAGAAAGACGGUCAUUCCAGGUCUGCCAGCCCAAGGAGAAGUCCAACACCGGAUGCUGACUGAUCUGAAUACUGAUGCUUCACCCCUAUUCCCCACCUUUGCCUCAGGGCUAAAAUACAUUUUAUCUUCCCCAUGAUUUCAAUACUGGUUCUACUGUAGCUAGCUACAAAGCUUUUUUUUUUUUUUCUUCUCCCUCCCUCCUUUCACAAUUCAGUGAGAAGCUUCUCCACAUUGUAAAAACGUCACUAUCAUCUCAAGCAGCUCAUGAAUUUUUUUUUUUUUUUCUUUCCUUUUUUACAUAUUCCCAUUUACUUCUAAAAUUUUUUAAGAGCUCCAUUGUUUUAAUUUCAGUGUUGAGCCAGUGUCCUGUGGUCAGUGAUUUGUGGGUAAGGUGGUGAAUGAGCUAUGUUGUGAUUUAGUCAGUGUAUUAUAUGAAUUGAAGAGUACGCUGUGAUUUGUUUGUUUGUAGAAGGUUUUUUUUUUGCAUUGAAAAUGGCAACAAUCUUUUUAAUAAAGUAAAGCUUUACAAACCCAA